UUUUAAUAGGGAAAUUGAUUUUUCUAAAGGAAAAUUAAAUUUAGAAUUUAUGUUUCAAACAUUAUUUAAUUAGUUUUCAUAGAAAUUAUCUAGUUUUUUCCACAUUUUUCUCGAACUCGUUGAUAAUCUCCACCAUUAUUGUGUAGUACUGCGGUCAUUUUGUAUGUAGUCAGUCUUCUCUCUCAUAUAAAAUAUAAUCGUUCGUUUUUGUUCGACGAGUUUGCUGAUGGUGGCAGCUUGGCUUUCGUUGUUCUUAACCAGUUUUAAAAAAAUCAGUCAAAAUUGUUAAUAUGGGUGAUAGACCAAAACGUCCACUUUCCGCUUAUAUGCUAUGGCUCAACAGUGCCCGCGAGGGUAUCAAGAAGGAAAAUCCCGGCAUCAAAGUGACAGAAGUUGCAAAGAAGGGAGGUGAAUUAUGGAGGGGCAUGAAGGAUAAGUCUGAAUGGGAGGCAAAGGCAGCCAAAUGCAAGGAAGACUAUGAAGAAGCAGUCCGCGAAUUCGAAGCCAACGGUGGUUCCAAGUCAAAUGGUGCAGCGACCAAGAAGCGCGGUAAGGCAACGAAAAAAGCAGCGCCGAAGAAGAGCAAGAAGGAUGCGUCCGAUGACGAUGAUGAUGAGGAGAGCGAAUAGACAUCUUGUUGCCUUAUCUCUCAUCUCCCCCUCCAUCAUCAUUUAAACAAAAAUUAAAAAAAAAACACUCCAAAAAGUAAAAAAAAAAUAUUACAUAAAUAAAAAAAAAAGUUACAAAAAAAUCAUAAAAUACUUAAAAAAAACUCUUUAAAACAAACACGAUUGUUUAAUUAAUUUUAUAAUAAUAUUAAUAUAAUUAAUUAUUAAUUUAAAGAGAAAAAGAGAAAAGCGGUACAAUGUUUGUGUUUCUUCUCUCCCAAAAACAAAGACGAAAAUCGCAAGAAGGAAACGGAAUAUCUAUGUUUUUUUUUUAACUGUUGACAACUAAUGUUCGAUCAUAAAAAAUACAUAAAAUUAUAAAUAUAAAACAAAUUAAAUAAAAAAAAAAAAAACAAUUCUUUUCCUAAAAUUUCUCAAACGAACAAAAAAGAGUCGGAAAUACUUUUUGAUUCAAAUUGAAUUUGUUAUGAAUGUCGAUUAUUUUUUUUUUUUUACUUAAAAUUUUUGAUUAGGAAUAAAGUUGCCGAGUUUAAUGGCUCUGCUCUUUUUUUAACAAAUUUAAAUUUAUUUGUUUUGUUUUUCAUUCCAAAAACAUCCAAAGAAUAAAGAAAACAAAAAAAUUGCAUUUAAACUAGAAAAUUAUCAAUAUUCGAAAACAAAA